CGCGACGAAAAGUAUGAAUACAAGCGCGUAGUAAGUUGUGCUAUAGGAACAAAAAAAUAUUUGUAAUUAAUAAUGAAUUAUAAAAUUAUAUGGUGAGGAAGUGAUUGUGUGGUGAAACACUAUAUUAUAGUCGUGGAAAAAAUAUACAAAAACAUAAAAUUCAUUUUAGUCGCUUAUUUUAAUGCUUCAGUUUAAUCUUUACAUAAAUAAAAAUAGCUGUAACUACAUUGCAUUAAAAAUUAUAUUCGCUAUUUCUACACUCACUGCGUAAAUAUAAAAGUGAAAAAUGAAGCUGUUUGUAAUUGUUUUCAUUUUAUGUGCAACCACAACGAAAUCAACUAAAGCUCAAUCAAAUUGUGUGACUCCAGAGAACUAUUAUGGCAUUUGCUCCGAAUUCAAUUCUUGCCCGCAGGUAGUGAAUGCUCAUCGCUCUCGCAAUCAACAAUAUGUGGCAGCUGCACAACGCGUCUGUGGUGGCAACUUGUUUUGCUGCGCAAUUCCUACAAAUCGGGGGCAGUCGCGUCCCCAACAGCAUGCAAUCCGCCAGCCUAUGGUCAGUUAUCGGCCCUCUAAUCCUUUUGUAGCUCAAACCCAGCAACAACCAAUGCGCAUAGUGCGUCAGCAACCAGGUAUAAAUUUUCGCAGCGUUUUCAAUACGGACGGAGUACCUUCAGAAUUUGUGAGCUAUAGAGCAGGGCAGUAUUGUCGUGGACCCGACUCCAGUGAAGGAGCAUGCUUGGAUAUAAACAGUUGUGAACCGUUGCUGCGCGAACUCUACACUCGAUAUUCCGAUUAUUACUUCAUUGAAUAUGUGCGGUCAUCCAAUCGAAAUUGCGGUGGUACUGGCUAUGUUGUCUGUUGUCCUGCUGCUACACCGCGUAAUGAACAGCCCUCCAGUCCGGCACCGAAUCCUGCCCCGGUCUCACCCUCCAGCUCUGUGGGCGCUUGUGGUGUUGUUGUGCGGUCAUUCAAAAAGAUUGUUGGCGGAAAGGCGAGUAAAAUAAGUGAUUGGCCAUGGACGGCUUUGUUAGCUUAUCCUGAGUUGAGUUCGGAAUCUCCAUUUAAAUGCGGUGGUGCCUUGGUAUCUUCAAGACAUGUGGUGACGGCGGCUCAUUGCAUACGAAAUGAUUUGAGUUAUGUGCGCCUCGGUGAAUAUGACCUGAGUACAGAUGCCGAAACACGUCAUGAAGAUAUACGAGUUGCGCAGAAAGAACGCCAUCCUAAUUACCGUACAGCUAAUGGACGCAAUGACAUUGGUAUAAUUUGGCUUGAACGCGCCGUACAAUUUAGUAAUACCAUUAAACCCAUUUGCUUGCCCAGUUCGCCGCAGUUACGCAGCAAAUCCUACAUUAAUUACAAUCCCUUCGUUGUGGGUUGGGGCAAAACUAUGGAGGGCGGUGCCUCUUCGAAUGUUCUACAAGAGCUGCAAAUACCGAUUCUAGAUAAUAAUGUAUGUCGUGACAGUUAUAGACGUAUGAAUCGUCUAGUGACUGAAGACCAAUUCGAUGCGGGUGUGAUUUGCGCUGGAGUGUUGUCCGGCGGCAAGGAUACAUGCCAAGGCGACUCAGGUGGACCACUAAUGAUACCAGAGAAUACUAAUGCUGGGAUCAAAUUCUAUCUGAUUGGUGUUGUCUCGUAUGGCGUGGGUUGUGCGCGUCCAGAAAUUCCUGGAGUUUAUUCUAGUGUGCAAUAUUUUAUUGACUGGAUAUUAGCAAAAAUUGCGAAUUAAAAUUAUAUCCGCAACUGUUGCCUGAUUUGCAAUAAAAUUGGUAUUGCUAAAAAUUUUUUUAAUAAAGCAGGCCCAAGCG